AUGGGAGAUGCUCGAUGGCAGUCUGGUCAAAACAGACGGGUCGACAAAUGGUGGCAAGAAAACCCAACAAGUCAGUACGAUAAAUUAGCUAUUAUCUAUAAGUGGUAUAAAUUCAAGUCUUACGAGAUCUAUAACUUCGACGAAACCGGCUUCUUCAUCGGCUAA